CCUCCUCCUCCUGCCGGGCGGGGCGGGGGUCGGCAGUCCCGGCGCGCUGCCGCCGCGUGGAGCCGCGCUGCGUGUUCCCGAUCCCGGCUCCCUGUUCCUGGAUCCCUGUUCCUGGAUCCCUGAUCCCGGCUCUCUGAUCCCUGAUCCCGGCUCUCUGAUCCCGGAUCCGUGAUCCCGGCUCUCUGUUCCCGGCUCCCUCCGCCGCCCCGAGCCGUGUCCCCGCUGCGGGCCGGCGGCGCGGGGAUGGGCGCGGGGCUGUGAGCGCGGCCGUGAGCCGUGGCCAUGGGGAACAUCUCCUCCAACAUCUCCGCCUUCCAGUCCCUGCACAUCGUCAUGCUGGGCCUGGAUUCGGCGGGCAAGACCACGGUGCUCUACCGCCUCAAGUUCAACGAGUUCGUCAACACCGUGCCCACCAUCGGCUUCAACACGGAGAAGAUCCGGCUCAGCAACGGGACUGCCAAGGGCAUCAGCUGCCACUUCUGGGACGUGGGCGGCCAGGAGAAGCUGCGCCCGCUCUGGAAGUCCUACAGCCGCUGCACCGAUGGCAUCAUCUACGUGGUGGACUCAGUGGACGUGGACCGGCUGGAGGAAGCCAAAACGGAGCUGCACAAGGUGACCAAGUUCGCGGAAAACCAGGGCACCCCGCUGCUGGUCAUCGCCAACAAGCAGGACCUGCCCAAAUCGCUGCCGGUGGCCGAGAUCGAGAAGCAGCUGGCCCUCCACGAGCUGACCCCUUCCACCACCUACCACAUCCAGCCCGCCUGCGCCAUCAUCGGCGAGGGGCUGACGGAGGGCAUGGACAAGCUCUACGAGAUGAUCCUCAAGCGCAGGAAGUCCCUCAAGCAGAAGAAGAAGCGGACAGACAAUAGUGGUGAUAACAAAGCGGCUCCCGCCAGCCGAGCCCAGAUCUCGGAGCUCCCCUCUCCCACCGCCCCGUGCUCCUGAGGGUCUGAUCCGGACUCCUUUGGGCUGGAAACAUGGAAAAACGGGAUGAAUCCCCCCUCUCCAUCCUCCGGGACCACCGAGCCUUUGUGUGCCGGGGAACCAACAGGGCAGGACCCUGUUGAAGUGCGUUCGAGUGGAGCCCAGCGUGCUUUUGGAUCUUUAACGUGGGCAUUUUGGGGCGGGGGGCGUCGUUGCCGGCUCCCCACAUGCAUUUUGGGGCGGGGGGUGCGGAUUCAUCGUGGCUCGGCAAGGUCAGCGGGGAGGGGGCUUGCAGCCCUUAUCCCUGCAUCCCCGCAUCCCUGGAUUCCUCCCCCGCGGGUGGCGGUGGGAAGAGGUGUUGAAAGCUUGGAGGGGGGGUUUGGACCUGCAGAAAAUGUCUUGGAGGGGUGGGUGUGAUGGGUAAGGGGACAUCCACACCCACCCUGGCCCGUGUUUUAGGGUGCAGAGCAAGGACGGGCAGCCUUUGGGGUUGGGGGGGGGGGGGGGGAGGAUGCGACACUGGGGUGCUGAGCAGCUGCUGAAUGGGGCAGAGCUUUAAGCUCUUGGCUCAAAAAACGGGGGAAAGAAGGAAAAAAAAUACCCAAGGGUUUAGGGUGAACGCUGCUGGAAGCAUUGGGGGUGGGUUGUGAGGCACCCCCAUUUCUCAAAGGCUCGGUGGUGUCACCUUGUGCACCAAAGCCCCCCGCAGAUGUGCACGGUCCCCUGGUGCUCCCAGGUGCGGCUUUGGAGGUGAUCCAAACUAGGGGUUACUUGGUAAAACCCCCACAAAAAAAAAAAAGGCAGAGUUUGGGGUUCUGGCCACUGUGCUGCUCUGCAGUGGGGCAGGAGGCCAAGUCGAGGGAGGAGGGAGCGGUGGGUCAUGGCAGGGCAGGAUGGAUGGAUGGACAAACAGAGGUGGCCAGAGCCUGCAGAAAAAAUCUCUGCUGGAAAGGGAAAAUGCCAGGGGGUGAAGAGGCAUGGGGGAAUUUGUGGUAGGUUUUUAAUAAAGAUUCAAAGCCAAUUAAAAGCCCCUCGCUUUCCCCUGUAGCCACAUGGGCAAGCUCUGCCUGCAGAGCAGUCUGAGCGCCCGGGCAGGGUCGGGCCUGGCCGCCUCCUCCUCCUGCAGGUGAACAUUUUGGUACCUGCAUGGAGCUGGCCACCAAAAUCCACUUGCUGUCUGUGUUUCAGCUGGAUCUGGCUCUCCAGGGUCCUGGCUUCCCACAGAGCUGGAGCAGGCAGCCCUCAGGGGACAAAUAUCCUGAAUUUGGAGGCAGGCGGGAAUUUCUGGUGAUUUUGCACCAGAUUUCCCAUUUGCAAACCCCUUCCCAGAGCAGCCAAGGGGGAAGCACCAAGCAGCCAGAAGCAAAAUGCCCUUCGGGUUUUGGGGAGUUGAUCCUCCCCUUGCAGCGACCAGCACCUUCCAAACAGCAUUUUUUGGGGGCGGGUUUGUUAGGGAACAAAUGUUGCAGCCGAGUUGUUUCUUCUCCUCUUGCGGGGUUUCAGUUCCCGGCGCGAGUCCCGACUUGUGUGGGCUGGUCCCAUCCGUUCAGGUGGUUCUCUUCCCGCUUCCUCGGGUUUCCCUGCUUUGUCUUCACCUCCAACACUUUGGUACUUGCUGUCGAGAGAGAGAAAAGAAUUAUUUAUUUUUGAUGCCACAGAAGCCACAUGUAUUAACCCUUUUCUGGGAGAGCGACCCGUUUGAAAUGUAAAAGCUGUGUUGACCCCAGCAGCUCCAGAGGGAUCAGGUUUUAGGAAUGACACGUGCAGGAUGUUACUGGGGGGUUGUUUUUUUUUUUAACCUCUUGGCUGGUCUGGGUUUAGCAAAUGCCAGCAUUGGAAAAGGCUCUUUUUGCAGAGCUGGGUCCUUCCUGGGAGCUUCCAGCUGAGCAUCCCCUUGGAGAGAUGCUGGAAGGUUCGGCUGGGCCGGGUGGGAUGCUGUGCCCGUGCCUUUGCCAGCCACUCUGCUUUCUGCAAUAAUUAAAAAGACUUUUCCAACGAGUAGCUCCUGGCUUCCGUGGUGUUUCCGUUCUGCCACCACCCGGUUUUACCCCAUACCCCGUGUGCCGACGAGCAUCGCCCUCGGUGGGCUGCAAGAAGAGGGCCCUCAGCAGAGCAGCUCCCAAAGGGAGCUGUCUGGGCUCUUUGCAAGGUUGUGCAUCUUCUCAGAUUAGAGAAUUACAAUGACCUGGGUUAUU